UUUCACUUUCUUUUAUAAUUCAUAAUCCAAAAGUGUAUCCAAAAUCUAUAUAAACCACUGUCAAACUUAACCAAUAUUCUAAACAAACUUACUUCUAGCCAAUAUCACAACACACUUCAAACUCUAAGAAAAUCAGUAGCUUGUUAUAGACUGACACGUGUCUAAAAUGAAUAACGACUCGAGUUUGUACUCAUCAGAUAUCAACCCAUUAAGUGCAACAACACCUUCCAAUGAGGAAGGAAUACUAUUAUUAGCAUCGAGCCAACCCAAGAAACGUGCAGGGAGGAAGAAGUUCAAGGAAACUCGCCACCCGGUUUAUAGGGGAGUGAGGAGGAGGAAUAAUAACAAGUGGGUUUGUGAGCUACGUGAGCCUAGUCAACAGAAAAGAAUAUGGCUAGGGACUUACUCUACUCCUGAAAUGGCGGCUCGAGCUCAUGAUGUUGCUGCAUUAGCUCUUAGAGGCAAUCUAGCCACUCUGAACUUUGCUGACUCUCGAUGGGGAUUGCCAGUGCCGGCAUCAAAGGACCCCAAGGACAUACGACAGGCAGCAGUUAUGGCUGCACAAGCUUUUUCUCAGGAUACUGAAUUAGUCGGAGUUGACUAUAUGAAUGAGGAAGUUAAUUCCAAUACCAUCGAUGAAAUAAAGUAUCAAGAGAUAGAUAUUGCGAGGGCUAAUGAUGGGAGUAGUAGUGAUUUUGGCGCAAAGGAAUUGUGUAUAGAUAUGGAGAACAUUUUAUGUUGUAACUGGGGAGAAGAUAACGACAUGUUGGAGAUGGAAGGAUGGCAAGAAAAGAUGGCAAAGGGGCUUUUGUUUUCACCAACUCCGCGUUUAGGUAGUUGUUUCAGUUGGGAUGAUGUAGAAAGCGACGUGGAGGUGUCUUUGUGGAGUUAUAGUAUUUGAUACUAAGUAGCCAGUUAGUUACAAGCUAGGAGUAGCAUUUUACAAAAAGGAAAUAAAAAAAAAAGAAAGAAAAGAGGAAUAGUUGAGAACCAUAAUCUGCGAUACCAAACAAUAAGGACAUACGACAAUAACAUACCCACUAUAACCCCACAAGUGGGGUGUGGGUAGGUAGGAUGUAAGCAGACCUUAUCUUUACCUUUGUGGGGACCAAUCAACAAGGACAUGCCUCUUCGAAUUCCUUUUGUUCUUUUCGACACAUAUUGAAUUCAUUUGUGUUGUAGUACAUGCAUCCAGCAUAAGCAUCCAUCUCUUUUGUACACUUCUGAUUGAGAUCCUUCAGCCUACACAUAAUCUAAUGCAUGUAUUAGAUUUUUAAAAGCAGAAUUGGUAACAAAAUAUUACACAUUA